AUGGUUUCGACUGUAGCAUCUCAAUCCUCUAGGGUCUCACUGUCGCCCGCAAAGCAGCUCAAUCAGGCGGUUGAUGAUUUCCAGAGAAUUCUGACGGAGGACCAACGCACGGAGCUUAAAAACAUCAAAUCCAUCCCCGACGCCGAUGCUGUGCUCGUGUUCACCGCGCAGCUUGACUCAAGUCAACGCAGGCGCGGGCGUAGCAUCGCUACCCGGCUGCAUUCCGUCCUUCAGUCUGUGCGAGAAUUCUCUGCAGUCAUCGACACGUUCGUCUCGUCACACCCAGAGAUCGCCGCGCUAGUAUGGGGAAGCGUCAAGCUUACGAUCCAGAUUGUCCUCAAUUUCACUUCCUACUAUGAAGCCUGCUCGAACCUCUUCCUGGGUCUCGCGUUGCAUUGUCCACGGUUCGCCGAAUACCAGGUCCUGUACCCGAACUCAGUCCGGCUUCAGGCAGCCUUGUGCAAUUUCCACGCCUCUCUCAUCCAAUUUUGCAAGCAUAUAGUCGAGGCUGCCCAACGACCUUGGAAAACACAGCUCCUGAACGCUCUCUGGCAAUCAUUCGAGCAGGAAUUCAAGUCGGAUAUUGGUAUGAUUCAGAGGUGCGGUGAUGAGGUCAGGGAAGAAAUUGGCCUUGCUAAGGCCCAGGCCGAUUUCCAAGACCAAGAGCUCCAGAAGAAGGAAAGGGAGGCCGCGUCUGGGCACAGACUCAAGCUCAGAGAUUUACUGUCUCGGACGGGACACGACCUGGAAACCAUCAAAGGAUGGCAGCUGCAACAGGAAGACAAGCGUCGGUCAGAACGGAGGCGCCAGCUGCUCGAUUUCUUGUCUUCCUACGACCAUCUUCCUCCGUUCAAGCGCGCUUGCAAGGAGCGUCACUGUGAAAUACCAACUUCUAGUGCCAGCGCCAUCACGCAACUUUUUGCAUGCAAGGGCAACUCUAAUGAAAUUGUCACGUUCUUUUUUCCUCAAUUCAAUGACCCACAAUCAUUAUGCGCGGAAACCGUCAUACGAUCCAUCAUCAGGCAGUCACUCGACCCAGUGACCCUGUCCGAGGAAAUGGAAGCUAAACUGGUGGAAAUCCGUCAGAACCCGACCGCCGGAAUUGAUGCAUUAACGGUUCUUCUCCAGCAAAGACUCGCCCAAUCCGAAAGAUUCUUCAUCUUUAUCGACGCUUUGGAUGAAUUUGAACCUAGAGAACGACGCUCCCUUCUCGACUUCAUCGUAUCCCUCGGACCAGCGGCCGGACUUGGCCCCAAGGUAUUCCUCGCAGGGCGUGAUAGCCUAAGCGGGGAACUUCAAGACAAGCUUCCGGGCAUCGAGCGUAUAUCUAUGGCGUCGGCGGAGGCAAAGACCGACAUUGCUGCUUACGUCAAGGAGACACUUCAAGAAAGGGUGGACAACCGAGACCUUGUUGUUGGAGACCAAUCCCUCAUUUCGGACAUCGAGGAAGCGUUGACGAAUCAUGCGGACGGGAUGUUUCUUUGGGUCACUUUCCUGAUCAACGAACUCUGUGCCCAGCAUUGUGACGCCGACAUCCGCAACGCCAUCGGCUGCCUCCCAAGCACCCUCACAGAGACAUUUAGUCGAGCCCUAUUGAGGAUAAUAUCUCGGCGGAAUGCUUCGGUCGCAGCAAAAGUCUUUUCUUGGGUCGCCAUUGCGAAACGAUAUCUAACACUAGAUGAGAUCCGAGAAGCCAUAUCCAUCGAGAUUGGUCAACUAUACUCAAUGCCCGAGCGACUCAUCAACGGCAUUGAUCAACUGCCGUCGUGGUGUGAAAAUCUGGUCCAUGUUGACGAAGAGCUGAAGACGGUACAGUUCGCCCACCAGGCCGUUCACAAAUUUAUCAUCGAGAGGCCAACGGGACCGCAAUUCGGGGACUUUCGCUUCAACCUACAAGACGCUGAUCACCAUGCCGGCGAGAUCUGCGUAACGUAUCUCAACUUCAACGAAUUCAAGACGACUCUAACUCGACGACCACAGCCAAUAAAGCCGGUGGAUCCGGUUGCAAUGGCAAGAUUGGCAUUGUCCCCCCACUUCAAGGUGCCAAGUACCAUCCCAGGAUUUAGCCUCAGCUCAAGACACCAGAAAAGCAAAGCAGAAGUCGAUGUCGUUAGAGUUCUGUCGAGCUACAACAGGGAGGAUGGAGAGGGGAGCAGAAGAAGGCUGGAGCGGUCUCACCCUUUCCUUGAGUACGCCUCGACAUACUGGAUUUCACAUACUAGUAGGUUUCGGAAGGAUUCCGCGACAUGGUACUUGUGGCAUCGGAUGAUCACUUGUGGGCACGACCUGGCGAAGAGACCCUGGCCGGAGCAGCAAGAGUUCGACGCCCUAGACCCAGACCUCCUAGCUUGGAGCUUACAAUCUCGCCACUACGCUCUCAUACGUCUCAUUGAGGGUUGCGGCGGGAUAUCCGAACUAAACACGUGUGACACUGUGUGGAGUUUCGCAGGUCAAGGUGAUAUCGAAUUGCUCGAUGUUCUUCUCGAAGGUAACUACUCGCUUCAUACCACAGCCGUGGCUCUCCAGAAAGCUUCCGAGGGCGGCCAUUUCGAGAUUGUUGAGCGGCUGCUCGCUACGGGCAAGGUCGAUAUUAACGUGAAGGAUGACAAUGGCCAGACGCCGCUAUUAUGGGCUGCUAGGAAUCGCCAUGAGGCCAUUGUCAGGUUGCUGCUUGCUACAGGCAAGGUCGAUAUUGACGUGAAGGACGAUAUAUUUGGCCUGACGCCGUUAUCGUGGGCUGCUUGCAAUGGCCAUGAGGCCGUUACUAGCAUGCUGCUUGCUACUGGGAAGGCUGAUAUCGACGCGAAGGAAAUAAAUGGCUGGACGCCGCUAUUAUGGGCUGCUAGGAAUCGCCAUGAGGCCAUUGAGCGGUAG